UUCAACCACUACCAACAAUCUAGAGUUCAUUUGAACAUACAAAAGAUCAAUGGCCACCUCCGCCGUUCAACAGUCAGCCUUCUCCGGCCAAACAGCUUUGAAGCCACAAAAUGACUUUAUCAGGAAGAUCGGCAACAUCGCCGGCGGUGGCCGGAUAACCAUGAGACGUACCGUCAAAAGUGCACCUCAAAGCAUCUGGUAUGGACCAGACAGACCUAAAUACUUGGGCCCAUUCUCAGAACAAACACCAUCAUACCUAACCGGUGAAUUCCCCGGUGACUACGGUUGGGACACAGCUGGUCUCUCAGCAGACCCAGAAACAUUUGCCAAGAACCGUGAACUUGAAGUGAUCCACAGUAGAUGGGCUAUGUUGGGUGCAUUAGGUUGUGUAUUCCCAGAACUCCUCUCCAAAAACGGAGUGAAGUUCGGUGAGGCUGUAUGGUUCAAGGCUGGAUCACAAAUCUUCUCCGAGGGUGGUUUGGACUAUCUUGGAAACCCUAACUUAGUCCAUGCACAAAGCAUCCUUGCAAUUUGGGCUUCCCAAGUUGUACUAAUGGGUUUGAUUGAGGGUUACAGGAUUGGUGGAGGUCCACUUGGGGAAGGUCUUGAUAAAUUAUACCCUGGUGGAGCUUUUGACCCACUUGGGUUGGCUGAUGAUCCAGAGGCUUUUGCUGAAUUGAAGGUUAAGGAGUUGAAGAAUGGUAGAUUGGCUAUGUUUUCUAUGUUUGGAUUCUUUGUUCAAGCUAUUGUGACUGGAAAGGGUCCAAUUGAGAACUUGUCUGAUCAUAUUGCGGAUCCUGUGGCUAACAAUGCUUGGGCUUUUGCCACAAAUUUCGUACCAGGAAAAUGAGGGUUGAGAGGAUACUACUUCAUGUUUGUAAUGUAAUGACUAAUGAGUGUGACAAGUUAUGUUGUUUGAAUGAACAUUUCUACUUAUUGGAGCAUAAAUUA